GCCUCACCACGUGGUCCCCCCUGUCCCGGACCCUGCCUCUGGGACAACAGGGUGGCCCCAGGUCACAACCCGAAGCCGGGCUGACACUGACAGUCUGUCCUAGGGAUGCCUGCAGGCAGCUGAUAACCAGCAAGGCUCAGAGCCCGAUCUCGCCCGCCCGCCCUGCCCUGCCCUGCCCACGCGGAGUCCAAAGGCCCAGCGUGCAGGAGGAGCUGCGCGCCCGGCAGGGCUCUCACAUGAGGCACUGGGGGGCGGCGCCCUAGCUGGGGGUGAACUGUUCGUAGAGCCCGCGCGCCGAGACGAGCUAGCUACUGAAACUCUGACCUUACCGCAAACCCAUUUCUUUUCCUUUCACCACAAGCCCAGCCCCUUGCAGUGCUACGAAGCUAAAAAAGGCAAGCGGUUGCAGCUAAGUUGCGUUUUCCUUGCAAAACAGUCAUGAGAGGAAACUAAAAGUUAAAGGCAGGUGGCUCCUCCUUAUCAGACCACAAGGUAAACGAAAGAAAUACAACUGUGCUGAAGCCUGUGAAUGGUUUGUGACACCACCCUGCAAACCACGUGGUUUUUAAAAAGCAUUGUGCAUUUUUAGUGAUUUCCACAUAAGUACUGGAAGAACUUUGUAAGCCAUACUUAAGCCUCACAAGUCCUUCCUUGCGUGAUUGUCUCUCACUGCCCCUUUUGCCAGCAGCCAUGCUGAGCCACAGGGAACAAAAAGCUAUCUAAAACAGGAAGUCAUUUAUCAAAUUUAUCUAAAACUAGAAACAAUUUAUCUGAAACCAAUGCCAGCAGCAACAUGAGGAGCUGCCUCAUUCUUUCUCAAGUCCCUCAGGUCUGCCCUUGUGUAGCCCCCUGCUCUUCAUCCAAACAGGAGAUGCAUGAGACCCAGGCAUAAAAGAAGCAGACUGCAUUGAGUUACUGGUGGCUGUAUGAAUAGCCUUGAGCGAGUCCUUCAGGCAGUCUGUACCUCAGCUUUUCCCUGUGCACAGUGGGUGUAAGAGCUUAAGAAGCAGCCCCUUAAAGUCUGUGGUAUCUGUGUAAAAUCAUAUUAUUAAAUCUUAAUAAAACUGGACCUGAUUAUGCUCGGAACAGCAAAAGCACAAUAAAACAUCAAACUUAUUAGGAAUUCCAGGUGCAAUGUACCAGCGCUGCCAGGAAGCCUCAUUAACUGGGCAAGGAUAUGAUUGUCAAGCUUCAGCGUUGCUGUACAGCACAGGUUCUAGAGCCCAACAGUGAUCUCAUUAUCAGACGGGUUCUGGAACUGCCAGAUAAAGCACACAUUCUAGAGAAGAUGUAGGAGGGCAAAGGAGAAGGCCCUGUAGCACCUCAGAGGGAAGCUGCUUCCACUGUCUCCAGGCUUACGGACAUGGAUGACACCUCCACUUCAGUGGGGUACUCCCACCCCCACAUGGAGAGGAAGAUGAGCGCAAUGGCUUGCACGGUCUUCAACGAACUUCGACUGGAAGGGAAACUCUGUGACGUAGUCAUCAAAGUCAAUGGUUUUGAGUUCAAUGCUCACAAGAACAUCCUAUGUAGCUGCAGUUCGUAUUUUAGGGCUUUGUUUACCAGUGGCUGGAACAACACGGAGAAGAGAGUGUACAACAUUCCUGGCAUUUCACCUGAUAUGAUGAAGCUAAUUAUCGAGUAUGCCUACACUAGGACAGUUCCAGUCACUGCUGACAAUGUAGAGAGGUUGCUUGCUGCAGCCGACCAGUUCAACAUCAUGGGCAUUGUCAGGGGGUGCUGUGAAUUCUUAAAAUCUCAGCUGUGCUUGGAAAAUUGCAUUGGCAUCUGCAAGUUCACAGAGUACUACCACUGCCCUGACUUGCGGCAAACUGCCUACAUGUUCAUCCUGCACAACUUUGAGGAGAUGGUAAAGGUGUCUAAUGAGUUUCUAGAGCUCUCGGUCAAUGAGUUUAAAGACAUCAUUGAGAAGGAUGAACUCAAUGUGAAACAGGAAGAUGCAGUGUUUGAGGCCAUUCUGAAAUGGAUUUCCCAUGAUCCUCAAAAUAGAAAGCAGUACAUUUCAGUCUUGCUACCAAAGGUUCGCCUGGCAUUGAUGCACGCUGAGUAUUUCAUGAAUAACGUUAAAAUGCAUGAUUAUGUGAAGGACAGCGAGGAGUGCAAGCCUGUCAUCAUAAAUGCACUAAAAGCCAUGUACGAUCUCAACAUGAAUGGCCCUUCUAGUUCUGAUUUCACCAACCCGCUGACUAGGCCUCGCCUGCCUUAUGCAAUUUUGUUUGCUAUUGGUGGCUGGAGUGGGGGAAGCCCAACCAAUGCCAUUGAAACAUACGAUGCCCGCGCAGACAGAUGGGUGAAUGUCACGUGUCAGCAAGAAAGCCCCCGAGCAUACCAUGGCGCUGCUUAUUUAAAAGGGUAUGUCUAUAUCAUUGGAGGAUUUGACAGUGUGGAUUAUUUUAACAGCGUCAAACGGUUUGACCCACUUAAGAAAACGUGGCAUCAGGUUGCUCCCAUGCACUCGAGACGAUGCUAUGUCAGUGUCACCGUCCUCAACAACUUCAUCUAUGCCAUGGGAGGGUUCGAUGGCUAUGUGCGUCUCAACACAGCAGAACGGUAUGAACCAGAGACAAACCAGUGGACGUUGAUUGCACCCAUGCAUGAACAAAGAAGUGACGCUAGUGCGACCACGCUGUAUGGAAAGGUAUACAUAUGCGGUGGGUUCAAUGGCAAUGAAUGCCUAUUUACAGCUGAAGCGUAUGAUGCUAAGACAAAUCAGUGGACUCUCAUAGCACCAAUGAGAAGCAGAAGAAGUGGAAUAGGAGUGAUUGCUUACGGAGAACACGUGUAUGCGGUAGGUGGCUUUGACGGAGCCAACCGUCUUCGGAGCGCAGAAGCCUACAAUCCAAUUGCUAACACAUGGCGUACAAUUCCCACCAUGUUUAAUCCCCGUAGUAACUUUGGCAUUGAGGUGGUGGAUGACCUUCUGUUCGUGGUUGGUGGCUUUAAUGGUUUCACUACCACAUUCAAUGUCGAAUGCUAUGAUGAAAAGACUGAUGAGUGGUAUGAUGCCCAUGACAUGAGUAUAUACCGUAGUGCUUUGAGCUGCUGCGUGGUGCCAGGAUUGCCUAAUGUUGGGGAGUAUGCUGCCAGAAGAGAAAACUACGCAGGAUCAUCACGAGAUGAAGUUAAGUACUCUUCUUCGACAAGUACCCUACCAGUAUAAAUAGCUCCACUUAGCGAAUAAAGCCUUCUAAGCACGAAGUGUAUGUAUCUACUUAUUUUAAAAUAAAAGUAAUGGGAUACAGAGUUCACAGAAAUAGUGCUGAAAAAGUGUUUCAUUCUAUGAACCAAAAAGGUCUAACUUACAAACACAGGCUACAGCCUUAAAU